ACCAUAUCUUACUGGUACUAAACAAAUAGUCAUUUCUACUCAACUUAAUAUACCAACUAGUACUAUAAGUGAUAUUAUAAAAAAGUAUAAAGAAACAAGUUCUACUGAACCUAAGCAAUAUCCUGAAAAACCAAAAAAACCCAAAGAACGUGAUACCUGA